CUGGGCUCCGGGUGAGGAAAGAUGCACCGCUGCCGCCGCCGUCACCACCGCUGGCGGCCUCCCCGUGGGCUGGGGCUGUUGCGGCUGCUGCUGACUCUCGGGAACAGGAUAGGAAGGCCAAGCAAAGCUUGUCUAGGCUGCAGAGAGGCUGGACAGUGCUAGGGACCCGCAUGGCCCCACAUCCUGCCCCCCAAACCAUGUCCCAUCUUCUUGGACCAACCUCAUCCACCUGGGGCCCCUGAAGCUUGCAGGAAGAGUCAAGCCCUGGGAUGUGAUGCGCCCCCACCAUAUAUCCUGUUGCUCUCUCAUAGAAGGGGGUCAAGCCCUUUUAUCUCCUCUGACAGCAGCUGCAGCGAGCCCAGGCCAAUGUAACACCAUAUACCAGGGCUUCGCCGAGUGUCUCAUCCGUUUGGGGGACGGCAUGGGCCACGGAGGAGAGUUGGAGACUAUCUGCAGGUCUUGGAAUGACUUCCACACCUGUGCCUCGCGAGUCUUGUCAGGCUGCCCGGAGGAGGCGGCUGCCGUGUGGGAGUCACUACAGCAAGAAGCUCGCCGGGCCCGUCACCCAGAUAACUUGCACGCUCUGUGUGACACCCCUGUUAGGCUUCAAGAGAGUGGCACGGGCCCUGAAACCAACCAGGAGACGCUGCGGGCGACAGCGCCUGUACACACCGCGGCCCCCGAGCUCCCACUGCUGGCGACAGCUCUGGCGCUCGCCUGCCUCCUGAGGCCUCUGAUCGGGUAACAGCGGCCCCGCCUUCAGCGCUGCUUGGGCGGCUGCCGUCGGGGCUUUGCAAAGCGCGCUCAGCUUUCAUUAAAUGUAUUUAUAUUUGUACUAA